AUGCCGGUAUCUCCCUCUUCAUCGCCGGCGGCACCAUGGAAGUCAUGGCUGCUCUUGUCGGCGGCGACGCUGACAAGCAGCUACGUGUUCGACAUGCGGUAUCUGGACCACAAUUUGAACCAGAAUCCUUGGGCACGAGGUCCAAUGGAAUACUCGGGCAAAUGGGAGAACCAUGACUUCCAUCCAUCCCCACAGAGCUGGCGGUUCCCCUUCUACACGCUGUUUCUAGACCGUUUUGCCAAUGGCGAUCCCACGAACGACAAUGCCAACGGCACGCUGUUCGAGCAGGAUGUCAUGAGCACGCAGCUUCGCUUUGGUGGUGACGUCCAGGGUCUCAUGGACAGUCUCGACUAUAUCCAGGGCAUGGGCGUCAAGGGGUUGUACAUCGCUGGAUCGCCGUUCAUGAACCAGCCCUGGGUGGCUGAUUCAUAUUCUCCCCUGGACCACACAAUCCUGGACUCGCAUUUUGGCAACAUCAGCGCGUGGCGAAGUGCGAUUGACGAGAUCCACCGCCGUGGCAUGUACAUCCUUCUGGACAACACGCUGGCCACGAUGGGCGACCUGCUGGGGUUCGAGGGCUACCUGAACGAGAGCACGCCGUUCGACACGCACGAGUAUCCGCUCAUGUGGAAGAGCAGCUGGCGGUAUGCCGACUUUGACGUGGGCACCGCCUACAACGAGACGUGCCACUUCCCGCGCAUGUGGAAUGAGACGGGCUUCCCUGUGGACCAGUGGGUGCUCGACUCGUUCGACGGGUGCUACGACGGCGACUUUGACCAGUUUGGCGACACGGAGGCGUUUGGCGUGUACCCAGACUACCGCCGCCAGCUGACCAAGUUCGCGUCGGUGCAGGACCGGCUGCGCGAGUGGGUGCCGUCGGUGCGGGAGCGGCUCGGCCACUUUACGUGCAUCACGAUCGCCAUGCUCGACGUCGACGGCUUCCGGUACGACAAGGCCACCCAGGCGACCUUGGACGCCUCGGGCAACUUCUCUGCGCAGGUCCGCGAGUGCGCGCGGGCGCUGGGCAAGGACAACUUCUUCCUGCCGGGCGAGAUCACGGGCGGCAACACGUUUGGGGCGCUGUACCUGGGCCGCGGCCGGCAACCCGACCAGUACCUGUCGAACCUGACGCAGGCGGCGGCGCUCAACAACUACACGGCGGCCCAGCAGCACGUCCCGUUCCUGCGGGAGGAGGGCCAGAACGCGUUGGACGCAGCGGCGUUCCACUACUCCAUCUACCGCUUCCUGACGCGGUUCCUGGGCAUGGACGGCAACCUGGCAGCGGGCUUCGACCUGCCGCCCAACUGGGUCGACUCGUGGAACCAGAUGCUGCUGACCAACGACUUUGUCAACCCGGACACGCACCAGCUGGACCCGCGGCACAUGUACGGCGCCACGAACCAGGACGUGUUCCGGUGGCCGGCCAUCACGCAGGGCACGGAGCGGAUGCUGCUGGGCAUGUUCAUCACGACGCUGCACAUGCCGGGCAUCCCGCUGCUGCUCUGGGGCGAGGAGCAGGCGUUCACGAUCCUCGACAGCACCGCCGACAACUACAUCUACGGCAGGCAGUCGAUGACGGCGUCGCCGGCGUGGCAGGCCCACGGCUGCUACGCCCUCGGCAGCGCCCAGUACUACCGCAUGCCCCUCGAGGCCGCCCGGACGGCGUGCCACAACGAGCAGGAGUCGUGGGACCACCGCGACCCCAGCCAUCCCAUCCGCAACAUUGUCAAGGCCAUGCACCACCUCCGCACCGUCUUCCCCGUGCUCAACGACGGCUUCUUCCUCCAGCAGCUGUCCAACAUGACCAAGAUUGUCCAGUACCCGGGCUCCAGCGGCGUCGGCACCGAGACAGGCCUCUUCAGCGUCCUGCGGUCGGCGUACCCAGGCGUGCAGGACCUCGGCGAGACGAGCCCCGUCUGGUUCGUGUACCACAACGACAACGGGACCGCGACCGAAUACACGUUUGACUGCUCGUCGAUGGCCGGUCACGCCAUCGUGGCGCCCUUUGACUCGGGCACGACGGUCAAGAACCUCUUCUUCCCGCACGACGAGAUUGUGCUCAAGGACUCGACCACCAAGCUGGGCAUCAACGGCUCGACAAAGUACAACGGCUGCACCGACUCGAUCACGCUCAGGCCCUACGAGUUCCGCGCCUACGUGCCCAUCGCCUCCUUUGUGCCGCCGCCGGCCAUGAUCACAAAGUUCCUGCCCGGCCACGACGCCCACAUCGACUCGGCCACGCUCGAGCACCCGGGCCAGAUCCAGAUCGAGCUGCACACCUCGGCAGCCAUGGACUGCGACAGCUUUACCGACUCGAUCGAGAUCUACAGCAUCAACGCCGGCCGGUUCUCCCCGACCAGCCCGCUCCCCAUCGUCAAUGCCUCGAGCGUCGUGUGUGCCAACAUGACGGACCCGGAGACGCCCCCCUAUGUCGGCGCCCUAGGAUCGGCCUGGAGCUGGUCCGCAACGCUGCUCUUCAUCGAGGACGGGAUCCACGAGAUUGUCGUGCGCAACGCCACGACGGCCGACCUGGGCAGCUACACGAACAGCGUGGACCGGUUCCUGAUCCGCCUCGGCGACGCCAGCAACCCGGUCGUCUUCCCGCGGACGGGCAACUACUCGAACGCGCUGCUCAACUACGCCACCGACGGCUCCGGCAGGCUCACCCUCACCCACAACGCCCCCGGGGCGUCCAAGUGGCGGUACACGCUCAACUGGGGGUCCUCGUGGAGCGACUGGCGCGAGUACGUCCAGGGCCACCCGGUGCCCAUCGAGAGCCAGCCGUGGUCCGGAACGACGGCGCAGGAGUGGGAGGGCGAGCACGUCAUUGUGCAGUACUGGUCCCAGCUCCUGGGCAGCAGCAGCUUCGUGCAGCACGGCGACCUAGACUCGUCGUCCCAGACACAACGCCGGUUCCCUCACCUGUUUGCCAACGGCAAGUACAACAUGUGGGGGUUCGACGCGGGCAUCGACAACACGGUCGAUCUCGUGGGCGACGGCAUGUGGGAGUUCCACUUCGCUGCCGAGUGGCCAGCGACGCUGCAGCUCAACGUCUGGGGCAUGAACCCGGACGGCUCGCCCGACCAGGGGUUCGUGUUUGGCGACAUUGACAACGACUUUGUGCUGGACCGGCUGCCUCCCUCGAGCCUCGUCGAGAGCGUCAUCAACAUCACCUCGGGUCCUGCGUUCCCGGGGCUCGCGUACAAGCUGCGGAUCAACGAUGGCAACUACAAAUACGAGCUCGUGCCGCAAGGCAGCGCCUGGCAGCAGCUCGCGCUGUACGCGGGCCUGUGGGUUGGCCCAAUACUCGGAGGCAUCAUGUCGGUGCUUCUGUUCAAGGGGCCCUUCUACAAGGUCAAGUUUGUCAAGAUGGGCCUGAGCGGCAACUCGACAGCCGUUGGCCGGUGGUGCAAGCGCGUGCUCAGGGUCUUGUUCCCCGAGAUUAUGGAGAAGCGCAUGGCCAAGACGCUGACGGUCACGCGCAGCCCGCAGAUGAGCCUCAUGUACCAGGUCAAUUCGUCCAUCGUGUCCACCCUUGCGCACUCGUCGUCCGGGCAGACCAUGGUCAACGUGCCCCGCCGCCGGACCGUGCUCAUCGCGACAAUGGAGUACAACAUUGACGACUGGGACAUCAAGAUCAAGAUUGGAGGCCUGGGCGUCAUGGCCGGGCUCAUGGGCAAGAGCCUCGAGCACCAGGACCUGGUGUGGGUGGUGCCCUGCGUCUCGGGCAUCGAGUACCCCAUCGACACAGUGGCCGAGCCCAUGACCGUCACCAUCCUCAACGACCAGUACGAGGUCAAGGUGCAGUACCACAAGCUGGGCAACAUUACUUUUGUGCUGCUCGACGCCCCCGUGUUCCGCAAGCAGACCAAGGCGGAGCCGUACCCGCCGCGCAUGGACGACCUCGAGAGCGCCGUCUACUACUCGGCCUGGAACCAGUGCAUCGCCGAGGCGGUGCGCCGGUUCGAUCCAGAUUGCUAUCAUUGCAAUGAUUAUCAUGGAGCGGCGGCGUUGCUCUACUUGCUGCCUCGAACGGUGCCCGCUUGCCUUUCGCUGCACAACGCCGAGUUCCAGGGCAUGUGGCCGAUGCGCACACCCAAAGAGUGUCAAGAGGUAUGCUCCGUGUUCAACCUCGACCGCGACGUUGUGGCCCGCUACAUCCAGUUCGGUUCCGUCUUUAAUCUGCUGCAUGCUGGCGCGAGCUACCUGCGCAUCCACCAGCGCGGCUUCGGCGCCGUGGGCGUCUCCAAGAAGUACGGCGACCGCUCCUUUGCACGGUACGCCAUCUUCUGGGGGCUCGACGGCGUAGGGCAGCUGCCCAACCCGGAUCCCACAGACACGGCCGACUGGGACAAGGAGGCCUUCAUGAACGACCGCAGCGUGGUCGUCGACGCCGCGUACGAGGCUGGCCGUGCGGACCUGAAGCGGCAGGCCCAGGAGUGGGCUGGCCUCAUAGUCAACCCCAAGGCGGACUUGUUCGUCUUUGUCGGCCGCUGGAGUCUGCAGAAGGGCGUCGACCUCAUCGCCGACAUCUUCCCUUCCAUCCUCGAGCAGUACCCGGAUACGCAGCUCAUCUGCAUCGGCCCGCUGAUCGACCUGUACGGCAAGUUUGCCGCGCUCAAGCUCUCCAAGCUCAUGGACAAGUACCCGGGCCGCGUCUACAGCAAGCCCGAGUUCACAGCCCUGCCGCCCUUCAUCUUCAGCGGCGCCGAGUUUGCCCUGAUCCCGUCCCGUGACGAGCCCUUUGGCCUCGUCGCCGUCGAGUUUGGCCGCAAGGGCGCCCUCGGCGUCGGCGCCCGCGUAGGAGGGCUCGGCCAGAUGCCCGGGUGGUGGUACACGAUCGAGUCGAUGAGCGCCUCGCACCUGCUGGCCCAGUUCAAGGAGGCCAUCGUGUCAGCCCUCGAGACCAAGCAGAAGACGCGCGCUAAGAUGCGCGCCUGGUCGGCCAAGCAGCGCUUCCCCGUCGCCCAGUGGCUCGAGGACCUCGAGAUCCUGCAGUCCACAGCCAUCGCGGUGCACGGUGGCAAGAUGAUCCCCGGGUCCUCGAGCACGUCAGCGACCACCUCGACCAGGAAGAGGCUGAUCAAGAAGAACCCCAAGCUCAGGAGGUCUGGGUCGAGCUCCAAUAGCGUUAGCACGCCGCCUCUGACGCCUCCUGGAAAUGAUGAUGGACACCACCCACAGGGCCAUCACUACGACAAUGAGGACACACGCACUGGUCGUCCGGAGACGGGGAAGCGGCGCAGGCUGUCCAAGGCCAAUCCCAACGACCCAGAGUCGAGGUCCCAGUCGAGGUGCUCCCAGCGUGCUCGGCUUCAGGAGGCCAGGAAAGAGAAGGCUCGAGCUGGUUCAGUCGGGUCCGACUCGCGACCAGGCAGCAAGCUCUUCACGAAGGACUUCAAUGCCGCCAGGGCUGCCGAGGCCCGCGCUCCUCCCCGCAUGCGUCGUGGCACCUUCAGCUCCUUUACGAGCUCUACCGACGGCGAACAGGUCACUGGGGGUCGGAGUCGUUCUAGACCACCAUCUAUGAACGCCGGCCACGGCUCGACUGUGACAUUCGCCGCUGCACCGCUAGGUGGCGCCGGCCCUCUUUCCCGUCCGGUGUCGAUCCUCAGUUUGAAAGACAUUGUGGGUCCCCGCACCGAUUUCGAGCUGCAGAACGUCUCCCCAUUCUUCACCGACUCGACCGGCGACUGCUACAACGCCUUUAGCCGCAAGCUCGACAGCCUGACGAGCCACAAUUCUUCCACGGACUUGUGCAUCGAAGACUACCUCAUCAAGUCCGAGAAGGAGUGGUUCACGCGCUACCGCAAUGCGCGUCUCGGACGCUUGCCCUCGGGCAUGUCUUCGACGAGCAGCACAGCCAGCAGGCCCGUGUCGCACGCACCCUCGUCCGCGACUACCGCCAUCAAGGUCAAGGAGCGCGAGUAUGACCCGCGCGAGUUUGGAAUUGGGGAGGACUACAAGCCGCCGAUCGGUCUGCAGAAGUGGUUGUCGUACCGCAUUGGUGACUGGCCGAUCUACAGCAUGUUUCUCGCACUUGGCCAGGUCAUCUCGUCCAACUCGUACCAGAUCACGCUGCUCACUGGCGAAAUCGGUCAGACGGCCGAGAAGCUUUACAUCAUUGCCAGCGUUUACUUUGGCUCGACCGUUGUCUGGUACAUCAUGGUGCGGCGCUGCCAGGCUCUCUACGCCCUGACCCUGCCCUUCUUCGUCUACGGGGCGGCGUUUGUCCUGCUCGGCUGCUCUCCCUUUGCCAGCAACGGCGACCAGCGGUGGUGGAUGCAGAACGGCGCCACGGCCCUGUACGCAACUGCCAGCUCGAGCGGUGCCAUCGCCUUUGCCUCCAACUUUGGCGACGAGGGCGGCUCCCCGCUGACCGUAUGGAUCUUCCGCGCCACCAUCAUCCAGGGCCUGCAGCAGCUCUACUCGCUCUGCCUGUGGUACUGGGGCAGCAUCAUCUCGUCCGCAUCGGCCGCGGGCCAGACGACAUCCACUUCGACCGCCGGUCUCGCCACGUCGCCUUACUUGCUCCUCGUGUGCGCCCCGGUCGCCGUGUUUCUCUGGGCCGUCGGGCUCAUCCUGUACCUCGGACUGCCCCAGUACUACCGCGAGGCGCCGGGGGCGGUGCCCAUGCUGUGGCGCAGCCUGCUCAAGCGCAAGACGAUUGCGUGGUUCUUCCUCGCGGUCUGCGUGCAGAACUACUUCCUGUCGGCUCCCUACGGACGCAACUGGACGUUCCUGUUCAACACCAACGCCCUCAACCAAGUCCCCGUCUGGAGCAUCAUCCUGCUCGCCCUGGGCUUCUUCGUGGUCGUCUGGUCGGGGAUCCUGCUGGGCCUGUCCCGCAUCACAAAGUCCCACCCGUGGCUGUUCCCCAUCUUUGCCAUCGGCCUGGGCGCGCCGCGCUGGGCCCAGGAGUUCUGGGGCGUCACGCCGAUCGGCCUGUAUCUCCCCUGGGUCCCCGCAGGGGGUGCCGUCGGGAGCGCGCUCGCAUCCCGUGCGCUGUGGCUGUGGCUGGGUGUCCUGGACGGCCUGCAGGGCGCUGGCAUUGGCAUGAUCCUCAUGCUCACCCUGACGAGGGUGCACGUCCUCGCUACGGUGAUCGCUGCACAGCUGCUCGGCACGGCGGCGACGAUUGCCGCGAGGGCGAUGGCCCCGAAUAACAUUGGUCCGGGGGAUGUGUUCCCGGACAUGACGAUGGGGUUCAUCGAGGGCGUCUUGUACAAGCCCUGGUUCUGGGGCACGCUCGGCGCGCAGCUUGCACUGUGUGUUGGAUAUUUGAAAUUCUUCAGAAAGGAGCAGGUGAAUAAGCCCUAGUACGGGUUCAAUGAAUGGAAGAAGGUGUUGUUGGGUGGAAGGGUUAAUAUGAGCAUGUGCCUGGUUGGAGGUGGUUGGAGGGCUGGGCGGCAUCAUUAGACAGCCGGAGUUGGGAGUUUUGCGGUUUUGUUCGUUUUAGACGGC